CUUCUUUUUUCUCUUUUUUUUUUCUUUUUUUUUUCUUUUUUUCUUUUCUUAUUACUUGUUUGCUGCCCCUCUUUCUCGACUCUCUACCUUUGCCCACCAAAUUUGAUCUCAUCCCUCCCGCAAUCUAAAGAUCUCUCUGACCGCCUGCUUGACCGCCACCCCACCGGCCCGGUCCUUUCAUACCUUACCUGCCUUUUCCUUCGCUGCAAGGCACAAGCCUCGCUGCCCACUUUCCCACCAUCAUACACGCCCACCAUCCCCAACUACAGUUAACCUUCAUACCGCCAUCAUGAGUGUUGUAGGCGUCGAUUUCGGAACCCUCAAAACCGUCAUUGCCGUCGCGAGGAAUCGUGGCGUCGACGUGAUUACCAAUGAGGUCUCCAACCGAUCCACCCCGUCCAUGGUGGGAUUCGGUCCCAAGUCGCGAUACAUCGGCGAGACGGCCAAAACCCAAGAGAUGUCCAACCUCAAGAACACCGUCGGCUCCCUAAAGCGCCUAGCAGGCCGUAGCUUCAACGACCCCGAUACCCAGAUCGAGCAGUCCUACAUCUUCGCGCCCCUCGUCGACGUCAACGGCCAGGUCGGCGCCGAGGUCAACUACCUCGGCAAGAAGGAGAAGUUCACCAACACCCAGCUCAUCGCCAUGUACUUGAGCAAGAUCAAGCAGACCGCCGCCAACGAGACAAAGCUGCCCGUCUCCGACUUCGUCAUGAGCGUCCCCGUCUGGUUCACCGACAUCCAGCGCCGCGUCCUCAUCGACGCCUCCGAGAUCGCCGGCCUCAAGCUGCUCCGUCUCAUCAACGACACCACCGCCGCCGCCCUCGGCUGGGGCAUCACCAAGCUCGACCUGCCCGGCCCCGAAGAGAAGCCUAGGCGAGUCGCCUUCAUCGACGUCGGUCACAGCAACUACACCUGCUCCAUCGUCGAGUUCCGCAAGGGCGAGCUGGUCGUCAAGGCCACCUCCUACGACCGCCACUUGGGCGGUCGCAACUUUGACCGCGCCGUCGUCGACCACCUGCAGAAGGAGUUCAAGGGCAAGUACAAGGUCGACAUCAUGGAGCACCCCAGGGCCCUGGCCCGUACCCUCGUCGCCGCCGAGAAGUGCAAGAAGAUCCUGUCCGCCAACCAGCAGGCCCCCGUCAACGUCGAGUCGCUCACCCCCGACGUCGACGCCUCCAGCAUGGUCACCAGGCAAGAGUUCGAGGCCAUGAUCGAGCCCCUGCUGAGCCGCGCCCACGUGCCCCUGGAGCAGGCCCUGGCCGAUGCCAACCUCACCAAGGACGACAUCGACGUGGUCGAGGUCCUGGGCGGCGGCUCCCGCGUCCCCGCCCUGAAGGAGAGGAUCCACAGCUUCUUCGGCAAGACUCUGUCCUACACCCUCAACCAGGACGAGGCCGUCGCCCGCGGCUGCGCCUUCAGCUGCGCCAUCCUGUCCCCCGUCUUCCGCGUCCGCGACUUCGCCGUCCAGGACAUCACCCCCUACCCCAUCGAGUUCACCUGGGAGAAGGCCGCCGACAUCCCCGACGAGGAGACCAGCCUGACCGUCUUCAACCGCGGCAACGUCGUGCCCUCCACCAAGAUCCUGACCUUCUACCGGAAACAGCCCUUCGACCUCGAGGCCAAGUACGUCAACCCGGACCAACUCCCCGGCAAGAUCAACCCCUGGAUCGGUCGCUUCUCCGUCAAGGGUGUCAAGGCCGACGGCAAGGACGACUUUAUGAUCUGCAAGCUCAAGGCUCGCGUCAACAUCCACGGCGUUCUGAACGUCGAGAGCGGCUACUACGUCGAGGACCAGGAAGUUGAGGAGGAGAUUAAGGACGAAGACGGAGACAAGAAGGACCCUGAUUCUAUUUCCGGCCGCGCAGAUCGAUUCCUAAACAAGCUAACCCGCACCUUCUCCGACAAGGCCAUGGACACCGACAACAAGGAGGAAGCUCCCAAGAGGACCCGUAAGGUGAAGAAGCAGGUUCGCAAGGGCGACCUCCCCAUCUCGAGCGGCACCGCUGCGCUUUCCGAGGCCGCCAAGGCUGCUCUCCUGGAGAAGGAGUCGGCCAUGGUGAUGGAGGACAAGCUCGUUGCCGACACGGAGGAGAAGAAGAACGAGCUGGAGACGUACAUCUACGACUUCCGGAAUAAGCUCGACGACCAAUAUGCCGAGUUUGUCAGCGAUGAUGAGAAGGCCAAGAUUCGGGAGAAGCUGGACGCCAGCGAGGACUGGCUCUAUGACGAGGGCGAUGACACCACCAAGGCCGUAUACAUCGCCAAGUUCGACGAGCUGCGCGCCAUGGCCGGUCCUAUCGUGCAGCGCCACUUCGAGAAGGUAGACGCCGAGCGUCGAGCCGCCCAGGAGAGGCUCGAGGCCGAGCGGGCUGCCAGGCGCGCUGCCGAGGAGGCCCGCAAGGCCGCCGAGGGCGACAAGGGCGCCGAUGCGACCAAGGACGAGGAGAUGACCGAUGCCGAGGCCAAACCCGAGGUGGAGGAGGCUGGCGAGGGCACCAAGUAGAGGAUCUCCACGUCUCCUAUGUCUCUCUUUCUUCGACGCGUAUGAUGGAUGAUGAUCUGGCGAACCGGUUAGAUAGAAUCGGGCAUGAAUUCGGAAAGAGCACGAUUGUCGCUGGUGGAAGCAAAGGGCAAAUUGACGGAAGGCAGCCGGAAAGAGCCAACAGCCUCCGACGAAUGACC